AUGGCAAUCGAGACUCCGGGUGCUGUGGACAAGGGCGGGGAAAACGUGGAAAAACUCGCACCCGUCCCAUCUCGAGAUCGCUCCGAUAUGGAAGGUCAAGUGAAGUAUGAGAGCGGAACUGAUGAGGCGUUGAAAUUCGUCAGUGGUCAUGCCGUACAAUAUACCCCGGAGGACGAGAAACGAGUUCGCCACAAGAUUGACCUUUACAUCCUUCCUUGGAUGUGUGGACUGUACAUGUUACAAUAUCUCGACAAAACUUCUCUCUCCUAUGCUUCGUCAAUGGGUAUCAAACCCGAUACUCACAUGAGUGCCAGAUUUGUGUUGGUUACGUCCCAAUGGUACCCGAUGAAAGACCAAGGUACCCGAAGCGCAAUCUGGUUCUCGUUCAAUGGCGUAUCACAAAUUGUCGGCGGUGUGCUUGCUUAUGGUGUCUAUACUGGUUUUGAAAACGGACAUUACAGUUUCCCUGCUUGGAAAGCAAUGUUCCUGAUCACCGGCCUUCUUACAGCUGUCUACGGCAUUUUUAUGUUUCUUUUCAUGGCCGAUUCUCCAGUCACCGCGAGGUGGUUGACGGACACGGAAAAGUACAUAGCCAUAGAACGCCUUCGAGGAAACCAGCAAGGUAUUGGCAGCAGGGUCUUUAAAUGGAGCCAGGUCCGGGAAGCAUUUACAGACAUCCGAACGUAUUUGAUCUUCCUCUUCAUGGUUACCUGUGAUAUACCCAAUGGUGGAAUUACCGUUUUCUUCACCGAGCUCAUUGAAAGCUUUGGAUUCAACACUCAGAAAACAUUCCUCCUCGCCAUGCCUGGUGGUCUUGUUGAAGUCAUUUCCAUCGUUGGACUCUGCUACCUGGCUAAGAGGAUUCAAAACCGUAUGUUCUGUGCGGUCAUCGGGCAGAUGUUUGGCCUACUAGGCAUGGCUCUUAUGAUGGGCUUGUCACGUAGCGGUACCACCGCAUAUCCAGUCGGACAGUUGGUCGGAUACUACCUUGAUAUCGGCAACAGUGCCACUGCCUUGACAUUGGUGCUUUCCAUCAUAUCUUCCAACACGGCCGGAUAUACGAAGAAAACUACGGUCAAUGCUAUCUCUUUGAUCGGAUACUGCGUUGGUUUCUUGAUUGGGCCUCAGACAUACCGUAAGGCACCCGACUAUCCUGAUGCUAAAUGGACCACAAUCGCCAUGUGGACCACUACUAUAGGAUGCUGUUUGGCGUUAUACUUUGUCAACAAACGCGAAAAUGCACGAAGGGACAAGUUGUGUGCUGAGCUUCCACCACAACCGGAAGGUCAAGAAUUCUUGGAUUUGACCGACAAAGAGAACAUGUACUUCAGAACGCGCGGGAUCACGAAAGACGAACAGGAAUUGAAGAUGCCUGAAAAUUACCCAAGACCCUACGUGGAAACUCUGCGACUCCGGGGCCCGUCUUACUAUGAGAUUGGUCUUCAACAUGGCCAACAGGCAAAAGAGCAGAUUUACAUUAACAUCAAAACCUAUACGACAUUCUUCCAAGAAACGGCUGGUAUGAAAACCUGGGAGGACGCAAAGGAGCGCUCGAAGAUUUUUAUUCCCACUCUUGAAAGACUAUACCCGGAGUCAUUGGAAGAAAUGCGAGGUAUUGCAGCAGGUGCCCAACUUGAUAUGGAAGAUAUCCUUGCAUUGAACGUCCGAAGCGAAAUUGGAUUAACGAACUAUCCCAACACUCCUAAAGAAGCACCUCCUGCAAUUACCGACGGUUGCACCUCAAUUGUUCAGCGUUCGCAAGAUGGAUCGACCGUGAUUUUGGCGCAGAACUGGGACUGGCUAGAACAAUUGCACGAUGGAAUGGUCAUUUUGGACAUCGUAACACCUGACGAAAAGACGCGACUUCAAUUCAUGAAUGAAGCUGGAUUAGUUGGUAAAAUCGGAGUCAAUUCUCACGGAGUCGGAAUUUGCAUGAAUGCAAUUCGAUGCGGUGCGCUUUCUACAGAUCGAUUGCCAACUCAUGUUAUGUGCCGGCGCGUUUUGGAAUAUGCGAAAUCCUUCGAUGAGGCUGUUGCAAUGCUCGACGAGUAUGGCGGUGCUUGUUCAUUCAACCUCGUUAUGGCAGAUGUUCAGGGUGAAUUUGCUUCCGUUGAAAGUACACCGAAUGGACUCUCUAUUAUAAAACCUUUGACCAAAGGCGAUUCCACGAAGGUCUCAGGAAAAGGUACCAAUUUUGUGGCCCAUACAAACCACGUAAUGACACCGCCUACGGAGUUUCCUGGAGGAGCUAUCUAUGACCGACCUGCACCUAACUCAUUCUCACGAUUAGAGAGAAUGACGGAAUUGACACAUGAAGAUAUUAGCCAACAGAAGGAGCUUACCUUGGAAUCGGUCAUUUGUCGAUUGAGAGACCAAAAAGGCACUCCAACUAGCAUUUGCCGUGACAAGCCUGCCAAUGCGACUGGAAUGGAGAAAAUGACUACACUUGCCACGGUCUCGAUGGUGUUUGAUACUGUGGCCAAGAAGGUUACCAAGAGUCAGAUUACGAUCGGUAGACCCUGUGAAGAGGGUUUGCAGUUAGUAGAAUUGACCGUCUAA